UUUCUUCUUGUCUCUCUGUCUCCUUUCUCUGCAGAGCAGUUUUGGGAAAUUCUGCUUCGUUUGUACCAAGAGUAGCUACAACACCCUGGACUCACCUCUUGGGCGAUAAAUUAAACUCUGGAGAAGAGAUUGCCAAGAUUGGCAGCUGAGAAGAAGCCACCCAACGGUGUGAAGACGCUUUUACUACUCAUCGUUGGAAGAGCAGCGCUGCGCGGUAAUCAAAAGUUAGCAGCAGCGGAGAAAAAUGACUGCGGCGAAAACCCAGGCUGAGCUGGUGAGAAAAUGGAUGGUGUUGGCUGAAACCGCCGCCGAGGGAAUCCGAAAAGAGGAAGGCUGGGAACCUGUUGCAAAGGGUACCAAUAAUGGUUUGGUCCCAACAUCCAAGGCCCCGGGGUGGAUGGAGCUCCACCAAGCAGCCAGGAAUGGGGACAUGCGACUGGUAAAACAGCUGUUGAAGCGAGGAGCAUCUAUGAACAGCAGAGACGAAAAUGGCUGGGGUCUCCUGCAUGUCGCCUCUUUGCACAGCUACCUCCCCUUGGUGAAGUUACUCCUCCAGCGUGGAGCAGCGGUCGACCCCGACAACAUGGCCGGUUACACACCUCUCCAUCACGCUGCCUGGGGAGGCCACACCCAAGUCGCCGAGCUCCUCUUGGCUCGGGGGGCGCCGGUGGCGGGCUUAACCCAGGGGGGCCUUACCCCGUUUCACUGUGCGGCCGCCAACGGCCACACCUUGGUGAUACAACUGCUGCUACGGCACGGGGCAGAUCCCGACGCUUGCGACUACGACCAGUGGAAUUCCUUGCACUGGGCCACAGCUGGCGGCCAGCUUCACAUCAUGAAUGGGUUGAUUUCCCAAGGGGUGAACCCCAAUCUCCAAGGCAAGGGUGGCAUCGCGCCAUUGCACAUAGCUGCGCAGAUUGGGAGAGUCGAUACGAUGCAUCUCUUGCUCGCCACAGGGGCCAGCGUGAACCUCCAAGACGAGGGCGGAAUGACGGCGCUGUCUCUCGCUUCUAAAAACAGCCAUCAUGAGAUUGUGAAGCUGUUGCUCCAGAACCAAGCGGAUCGGAACCUAGCGGACUCCCGUGGCUGCACCCCGCUCCACAAAGCUGCAGCCGCUGGGUGCCUUCUGUCUGUCCGCCUUUUGCUCCAUCAAAGUUCCCCGGUCAGCGUUACUCAAAGAGAUGACCUCCUGCUCACGCCACUUCACCGUGCGGUCCUCGGUGGUCACACCGAUGUAGUCCGUUGUCUCUUGGAUCACGGCGCAGACGUUAACGUGGCCGGGUGGCUGGGCAAAACCGCUUUGCAUUUGGCGGCGGAGAAAAAAUUAUUUCCCCUGAUGGAACUUUUGGUAGCAAAGGGCGCAGACCUUAGCCGGAAGACUUGGUGGAAGGAGACUGCUGAAGACUUGGCAUUGGUGAAGCCCGAACCCAGAACUUUCUCUAGCUGUGCUCCUCCUGGGUGUCACCAAACAUGUAGAUAGUCCUUGAUUUACGACCAUAAACAAUGGCUAUCAACUUGCCUUCUAUUGAGGACCUGGACACUGCACGAGUCAAAAAGAGGGCUGUGAAAAUAUCUGCAGACCCUUCGCAUCCUGGACUUAAAUUGUUACAACUCCUAUCCUCAAAACGACGCUAUAGAACACUUCACACCAGAACAAUUAGACACAAGGACAGUUUUUUUCUCUUGAAUGCCCUCACUCUGCUAACACCUAAUUCCCACAAUAUUGUCAAAUAAUUUACUAAGACCGUAUUACUAUUCUUCUUCUCUUCCUUACUAGUAUCUAUCUCUCCCCAUUUACGACUAUAGCCAUGUUGCUUGUGUCUUUACAUUUAUAUUGCUUUUAAUUGUUUCCUAAUACAAUUUGAUAGCUUAUUUAGUAACCUAUGACUAUCACU